AUGAAAAGUGAGGAUACCAGGGAUCAAAGAUCCGUUACACCACAGCAACCAUCCACUUCUAGCGAUUUCUUAGAAGAAGGCUCCAUAGAUGAGGAAAGUGGAGAUAGAUGGCUUGGUUCAGAUAUUGCGAAAGCAUUGAGAUUUUAUCAAAAAGCCUAUGAAGCUUAUACAAAGUCCAUCGAACUAGACCCGAGUGCUGAAAACCGGGAUGCAUAUUACAAUGCCUCGCGAAUACUUUUACAAGUUUACAUUUUAAAUAAAUCAUCUGAUGGGUUGGUUUUGGAAAAUUUGACCAAUAUUGACGAAAUAUUCGGUGCUAAUUCAAUUGUCCAGGACUCGAGUCUGAUUUUAAGCAAGCACUUGAAAGCGUUGGAGAUUAACAAUGGCAACACGGAUUUGCUCUACAACACGGCUACAGUUUAUGUCGAGAUAUUGGAAUCAGAUAUCAGUAAAGAGGAAAAUGUCCCACUUGAUCAGUUGGUUGCAAUUUAUGACUCAGGACUGAAGUUAUUGACCCAGUUAAUACCACAACAGGUAAAUACAUUAGAAACUUUUGUCCGUGACUUGACGGAGUCCAAUACUACUGAGUCAAAAGCAGCAGCACCGACAAGUGUAAGCUUGUCAAACACAGAACAGGAACAAGAAGAAUUUGAUUACGAUGAAGUAACUCAACCAGUUGAUGUUUUUGAGAGCAUCCAAUUAUCGUACCGAUUAGUGCAAGCAUUGUACGAGAACAUUCCACUGAACAAUGACAUUGCCACCAUUAAUCAACUUGUUACACCUUUUGUUGCGUUAUCAGAUAAAGUUUCGAAUGAAUUAGUUGCGAAAUACUGCGAGAAUUCUGUGUCCAAGAAUGAAAUGUUACAAAAUAUUAGUCCUUUGCAGAUAAUUAACGCUUGGGAUACGUUCUUUACUAAUGACGUCACAGACGAAAUACCCGAGAAAUACUUGAGCUGCGUCGAUGUCAUUCAAACUGUUUUGGAAAGGAGCGAUAUAACUCUAAAUUCUGUUAACAACUCCGCCAAUGUCCAAGAUAAAGAGUCGUAUUGGAGGAUUUUAACUCAACAAAACAGCAUUUUAAAAAGGGCUCAAGGGUUGACACAGGACGGUUUGAACGCAAAGAAGAAGUUGCCACUGGGGAUUGAGCAGGGUAUUGGCUCGACAAUUAUUCAGCUAUGCAAUAUUAUGAUUGCUAGAGCAGAUUUAAACUUGCAAUUGACAAUGAUUAAAGAUUUUGCACCUAGUGUCAAGAACCAAGCUGCAUUACUUCAAAAUAGUCGUACCUUACUAAAGUCAUGCAUGAACAUUGCAAAUACGUCUGGUGGAUUACGGGAACGGGCAAUUGAGAAACUAGAUAGAGAAAAGAAAUUGAGUGAAGCUGUGUUCCGGUUGUGUUUGAUAGAGGGAAAGACAUCGUUGCAGGAGCUUGAUCAAAUCAUGACCCGCCCGAGAUGGUUGCGGGAGUAUAAGGAAAUAAAGAAAUUAGAGCUCUACAACGGGUAUUUGAAUCAAAUUCCACUUUGA